UUCCAGUCGCGUGUUACUUUACCCUAUUUGCUCGCCAGUUGUUUUAACCUAUUUAAUGUCCAUUCAGAUCUCGAUCAAAGACAUAUCCUAAUUAUUGAAAUCGACUCUCCCUACCUCAAACAUAAACCAUUAGAUCACCAAGUGUUUUGCCCUUCAUAAUUGAUUUGCAAAGAUUAUUAGUUGAUUCUCAUAUUCCUUCACUCAUAUUAGUUGCGAUUUUACUCACUCCAUUGCUUUCCCUUUGAUUAGGUCUUUCUUACUACCUCAUUUUAACUGUUUUCUGAAUUGGAUUGCAAAGGAGAGUAACAAAGUCACGUGGUUACUUCUCUCAAUCGUUUGCAUCGUCCGAUCUCAAAUCAAACGUCGUAAUUAAUUACAGCGUCAAACUACAUGGAUUUCUACAAGAUGAGAUCCAAAUCCCAAAAGAUGGGGAAGUGGAAGAUGACAAGUUUUGGUUCUUCAAGUGGGAAUCAAUAUCACUCUCCAAAUCCAUCAUUUGGCAGAAAUUUGACUCAGGAUCAACUAGGAGGUGUUGUAUUUGGGACCAAGAACUGCACUAUUAAAGAGUGUUUAACCAAACAACUCUUUGGCUUGCCUACCGUCCACUUCUCCUAUGUUAAGAAUAUUCGACCUGGGUUGCCUCUUUUUCUGUUUAACUACAGUGAUAGGACGCUUCAUGGAAUUUUUGAGGCGGCUAGUCCGGGAAGACUGUCAAUAGACCGUUAUGCAUGGACUGGUGAUGGUGCAAAAGUGACACCGUUUCCAGCCCAGGUGCAAACCAUAGUUCGAGUGCAUUGCCGGCCUUUGACAGAAGAUAGAUUCAGACCAGCCAUUGCUGACAACUAUUUUGUUCAUAACCAUUUUUGGUUUGAGCUGGACCAUGCACAAACAAACCAAUUGAUUGCCUUAAUGAAACCCUUGGAAAUUCCCCGUGCUAUUUCUAUCCCACAAAAUACAACAAUUGCUCCUGCUUAUUCUGUCCCACAGAAUACUAAUCAGGCAGCUGUAUCCCGAUCUCUUCCAUGGCAUGAUCCUUCUUGGAAAGAUAAAGCAUUUAAGAGACCAGAAUCAGAGUCACAAUUGCACCGUUCUACCCACUCGAGCAUGAAAUCAUUUUCCAACGAAAGUGAUCUGUUAGAUGAAUGCUUUCAGCCAUUGGAUACACAUUCAAUUGAUAGGGAGGAAGCUACCCAGGAUGAGAAGGAUGGAUGGAUGAAGCUAAAGGAAUUGGUUGUUGCUCAUGAAAAUGAAAAAUUUUCUUGGGAAAACCAUGUAAGCGGUACUUAUGCAACUGAGAAUUGUCCCGAAGGAAGAAAUGAGAAUUGGUCCAAGGGAAGGAAUGAGAAUUGGACCGAAGGAAGGAACGAGAAUUGGCUGCCCUUAGGAAAGAAUUCAGAGGAGAAUCCUAGUCCUCCAUUAGAGGAGGAGAGUCCUAGUUCUCAAUCUGAGAAGGAGGAGAAUUCUAGCUCUCCGUUGGAGGAGAAUCCUAGUUCUUCAUCUGAGAAGGAGGAGAAUAUCAGUUCUCCAUUAGAGCAUCAAUACGACACAGCUCAGUUGGUGCGAGAGAUCAAAGAACUGAUGGAUUUCAAAAAAACUCACGCUGAAAGGAGUAACUACCUGGAGCAGAAACUGAGAGAGGCAGAAUUGGAGAUCCAGCUUCUAAAAGAUCGUUGUACCCUGUUGGAAUCUACACAUAGUACUCCUUUGACACAUGUUGAGGAGACAAUACUAAGCCCUUCUGCUGAGGAGACAAUAAUAAGUCCAUCUGCUGAGCUUCUUUUAGAUGCCAAAGAUUCAUUGUAUUUAAUAGGCGGCUGUGAUGGAGAAGCAUCAUUAGCUGCGAUGGACAUUUAUUGUACUUCUCUAAAUGCUAUCAAAUCUUUGAAGCCUAUGAACCAUAAUCGUUCGUAUGCUUCAGUUGUAGAGUUCGAUGGUGAGAUUUAUGUUUUUGGUGGUGGACAAGCUGGACCUGAUCCUGUUUGGUAUGACACAGUUGAAUCGUACAAUCCAAUUCUUGACAGCUGGACCUUGCGUCCCUCUCUGAACCAGAAGAAAGGAAGCUUAUCUGGCGCUGUUUUGGACGGGAAAAUAUUUGCUGUUGGUGGUGGCAACGGAGUCGAAUGCUUCUCAGAUGUUGAGAUGUUUGAUUCAGACAUUGGGCGGUGGAUCCCCACACGUUCAAUGCUAGAGAAGAGAUUUGCCCUUGCUGCCGUGGAACUUAACGGUGCAAUUUAUGCUACUGGUGGAUUUGAUGGGAAGAACUAUCUAAAUUCUGCCGAAAGAUUUGAUCCAAGGGAACAUUCUUGGUUUAGAAUAGCAAACAUGAAUACCAGACGGGGCUGUCACUCAAUGGCCACUCUAAAUGAAAAAUUGUAUGCAUUAGGUGGCUUUGAUGGAGUCACAAUGGUUCCAAGUGUUGAAGUAUUCGAUCCUCGUCUUGGAAAAUGGACGGUGGAGGAAACAACAAUGAAUCAUCCUAGGGGGUAUUUUGCUGCUGCAGUCGUCAAAGAUUCUAUCUAUGUGAUUGGUGGUGUUAAUGGUGAUGAAAAUAUUGUAGAUACUGUCGAGAGUUAUAUGGAAGGUCAAGGAUGGAAGGAAAUUUACACAUCAGAAAAUGUCAAAAGGUGUUUCAUAUCAGCCAUUGCCUGCAGUCAUGAGUGAUGCAAAGUUGUUCAGUGGUCGCGGAAAUGCUCCACCAUGCUAUUGCUUUUGUAAAGUCGUAGGAUCAAGAUACUUUUGCAUGAAUCUGAAUGCGUUAACAUUGCAUUGAUUUUUGGUUUACAGCGCCAUUGCAGUUGGUUUCGUAGAGCAACUGCUACUUUUUGUUAAGGCGUUUGUGUGUUUGAUAUGAAGUUGUGCAUAUUAUUGCUGAAUGUAGGGUGGCCCUGAGGGUGUGUCCCCGACAAGGGUCCCAUUUUUUCGGAGGCCGCAUAUACAAUUAACAGACCCAGUCAUAUUCUAUAUAGAAAAAUCAGACUCAUUCAAAUGUGCCGAUUCACUUGUCUCACUCAAAUUUGAUAACGAUAAAAAUAUUUCA